AUGGCGGAAGCCCACGACCACAGGCCCUCCUCCACCGCCGGCCGCCCCUUCCUCUCUGGCCUCUGCGCCGCGGCGCUCCGCCGCAAGCCCCUCGGCGCCCACGGCUCCGCCGCCGCUGCCGCCACCGGCGAGGGCCUCGUGCGGCAGCUCGGCGUCCUUGAUCUCGUGCUGCUCGGUAUCGGUGCGUCCAUCGGCGCAGGCAUAUUCGUCGUCACUGGCACCGUCGCCCGCGACGCCGGCCCAGAGUCAUCAGCAGUGAACACGUUUAUGACCACAUUGAAGAUAAUCAUUGUUAUAGUCGUUGUAUUUGCUGGUGUGUUUGAGGUGGAUGUAUCAAACUGGUCACCAUUUAUGCCAAAUGGUUUCAAAUCUGUAGUGACUGGAGCCACAGUAGUCUUUUUUGCAUAUGUUGGAUUUGAUGCGGUUGCUAAUUCUGCUGAGGAAGCCAAAAGGCCGCAGAGGGACUUGCCCAUUGGUAUACUAGGAAGCCUUCUAGCAUGUGUGUUGUUAUACGUUGCUGUAUGUUUGGUCAUUACUGGAAUGGUUCCAUAUACAUUACUCGGUGAAGAUGCUCCUUUGGCUGAGGCUUUUGCUGCUAAGGGCCUGAAAUUUAUUACUGUAUUGAUCAGCAUUGGAGCUGUUGCUGGACUUACUACAACACUUCUUGUUGGCUUGUAUGUUCAGGUCACACUAGUAGGUUUCACUAGUCAAAUUGAUCUACUUGAUGAGGAUUACAUCCUUUUAAUUGUAAACAGUCACGUUUGUAUCUUGGACUUGGAAGGGAUGGGCUUCUACCUUCAGUAUUUGCUAAAUUUCCGUCAGGUCUAUGUGGAUCAACCUGGCUUUUCAUGUCCUGGGGUACCGUUGCUUCCCAUUAUCUCUGUUUUCUUCAACAUGGUCCUGUUUGCUCAGCUACAUGAAGAAGCUUGGUAUAGAUUUGUCAUCCUUAGUCUCAUCGCUUUGGGAGUUUAUGCUGGCUAUGGUCAGUACAACGCUGUUGCUUCCAGCUCAGAACACUCUACUAUUGGUUACCACGGCAUUCCUUCUGAGGCCCCAUGA